AUGGCUCUGCCAGCGUUGCCAAUCAACAAGACACGAAAGAGUACAGGGAAUCUUUCUUCGCACGCUGCGGCUGCUAGAUCAGUACCAGGAACUCCCAGGUCUGGGCUUCGAACACCCUCAACAAUGAGUCUGGUUUCUCCAGGCCCCGCUCCAACCGCCGCUCUCCCGCAGCCGAAACUCGCACCGGCCAUUAAUGGCAUUGGCAAGACACUCCGCAAGAGCGUCAGUAUUAACUCUUUCCCACAACCACCCAGAGGCGACACACGUACAAGCAGCGGCGUUCCACCUAGCCCAAGAACCGAAAAACAUCGACCCACAAGGAAACCGUCAAAAACAACGAAAGAAUCGAUGUAUAGCACGUUUAGUUCAAGCACGCCCAGCUUCCUCAACGGCAGCGGCGAUGGAAAGUCGAUUACUAGCGUACGCAUGUCCGACGGCCUGAUCAGUGUUGCAUCACCGCCCCAGAGCCGGAGCUCAUCAGCACAAGAUUCUUAUUCGACUUCUGCCACUACGUAUGAUGAUCCCGCGGAGGGGUCAGGCCAAAAGUCUGAUGCCUCCACUGAGAAGCGAGCAUCCAAAUAUGAUGGCAAAGGAAAUGUCGUCGUGAGUGUACGAGUUCGACCUGAUGCCAGUGGAAGUAACGGGAGCCCCGAGGGCGAAUGGAUGGUUGAUGGGCGCAAGUCGCUCAUUUCAUUCAGAGGGAAAGAUGGCGGUGACCAUUUCUAUGAUAAUGUUUUUGCGACACAUGACAAUAACUCCAGAGUAUACGAUCAUAUCGCGAAGCGGCUAGUCCGACGAGUUAUGGAAGGUUACCAUGGAACUGUCUUUGCGUACGGUAUGACCGGCACUGGAAAGACAUUUUCCAUGCAAGGAACCGCUUCUUCACCAGGUGUGAUCCCGCUUGCUAUCACCGAUAUCUUUUCCUAUAUCCGAGAAACGCCAUCACGAGAAUUUCUGCUGCGAGUCAGUUACCUUGAGAUUUACAACGAGAAGAUUCAUGAUUUAUUGAGUAUGUCCAUGGCAAAUGGUGCUGGGGGCCAGCAGGAAGAGAUCAAGCUGCGUGAGGAUAGCAAGCGGGGUGUCUAUGCUACCCCGCUGAAGGAGGAGAUCGUGCAAAGCCCUACACAGCUGCUUCGUGUUAUCGCCCGUGGCGACCAGGCUCGAAGAACCGCCAGUACUCAGUUCAACGCCCGCAGCUCGCGAAGUCACGCAGUCGUCCAGAUUGUGGUAGAGUCUCGAGAGAGAAUGCCAGCCAAUGCGGUUGCGGGUGAUAGCAAGCGAUCGGGUAUUUUGCCUGGUGGUGUCAGGGUAUCGACACUGAGUUUGAUUGAUCUUGCUGGUUCUGAAAAAGCUGCUGAAUCAAAGGAGCGUAGACAGGAAGGAGCCCACAUCAACAAGAGUUUGCUCACUCUCGGAACUGUUAUCUCGAGACUUUCAGAGUGGAAGGAGAAGGAGGCCAAGGGCGGAGAUAAGGAAGGGAAGCAUCUUCCCUACCGUGACAGUAAACUCACCCGAUUGCUGCAGGGAGCUUUAUCUGGAAAUUCUCUGGUCAGUAUUCUUUGCACGAUUCAAAUUGGGGCUGGGAACAGUGCUGCUUUGGCCAACAACCACACGUUGGAAACGAUAAAUACGCUCAAAUUCGCGUCAAGAGCCAAGAACAGCAUUGUCAGCCAUGCAAAGAGAGCCGAGGAAGCCCUAGGAGCUGGUGGGGAGGGCGGAGCUAGAGUCCUACUAGAACGAUAUCGCAUGGAGAUCACAGAGCUACGCCAGCAACUGGAAUCCCAAGCCAAGAAGAAAAAGGGAGAGGUCGUAAAAGAAGAAGCUGUUUAUGAUGAGGAAGAGGAAAAGGCCAGAGAGGCCGAGGCAGCAGAGCGACAUGAGGAACAGAUUCUCGAGAUGCAACUUGCCCGAACGGCACUCAAAGAACGAAUCGACCAUCUAAACCGUCUAAUCCUUAGCUCCAAGUCAAUUGGUGUCAACACGAACGGGUCGAUAAGUUCUCUCGGUCAGUACGCACGAUUCUCGCAGUUCUCUCAAGUCUCGUUUCCGGCAUCCAUUCGCUCGUCAGUAGCCACUUCUGCAGGCGGCAGGCCCUUCAUGGAGCGAACUUCGUCAAUGACAUCGGCAUCAUCGACCAUCGGUCGUCGCUCUAGUGGGGACCAGAAGACUGGGGAGGAAACUGUGGAGGCAGAAGACGAUAGUGCAGGAGAAUUCGGUGACGGGACAGCAUCUUUGACGACACAGAACCGUGCCCUGCAAGCUGACCUUGCAGACAAAAACCGAUACAUCGCAACAUUAGAAAAGCGCCUUCUCCAAGCACGUCGUGCUAGCUCUAGUCGUGCAUCCGUGGGUUUCGCAGCACCGAAUAAAGCCAUUAUGGUCGGAGAGGACCACAGCGUAUCUUCUGCGCUUAGGGAGAAGGAUUCUGAGAUUGCGGAUCUUCGAGCCAGGCUGGAUGACAAAGACAGAAUGUUAGCGGCACUAAGAAGUGCGGCUCGAUCGCGAGAUACGGCCGAAGCAACUGUUGAGCCUCGCUCUCCACCCCCUCGACCAGAGGCCAAGACGGAAAUACCGAGCAAUACGAAGCCGGCAGAGGACGAAAAGAAACCCGAGAAGAAGCGAACUCGAGGAGUUGAUGAGAUGAACAAUCUUCUGGACGAGAUGUUGCAGGACCGAGUUGAAAAGGGUCAAGUCGUACGAGGCAAGCGAGGCAGCGUCCGCUUGGCGAACGGACAGAAUAUGGACUCAUUGGCAGAACCCAACUUUGAACCCCUACGACGAACUCCUACACCAAAUCCACCCGAGGAAAGCAAGGACAUAGCGGCAGAAGCAUAG